CCCACUUCCUGUACCAGGGGAAGUGCGAGUGCCGCUUCCUCAACGGGACGCGGCGGGUGCAGUUCCUGGAGCGCUACAUCUACGACCGGCAGGAGUAUCUCCGCUUCGACAGCGCCCGCGGGGAGUACGAGGCCCUCACGGCGCCCUGGCAGGCGCUUGCCCAGGCUUGGAACAGGGAUGAGCGCCGCCUGCAGAUCAAGAAGACUGGAGUGGAUCGUUUCUGCCGAUACAACUACGAGGUUUCCCAGAGCGGUUCCGCGGUUGGCCGGAGAGAGGGACUUUGCAUGACCGUCUCCAUCUCCCCCACCAAGCUGGACCCCGCUUCCCCACACACCAUCCUCCUCUGCACCACGAGGGGCUUCUACCCCAUGGAGAUCGAGGUCCGGUGGCUGAAGAACGGGCGGCCGGAGGAGGAGGGCGUGGCCUUCGGGGAGGAGCUCCAGAACGGAGACUGGACCUACCAGCUCCAGGUGAUGCUGGAGACCCAGCCCCAGCGGGGGGACGUCUACACCUGCCAGGUGGGGCACGCCAGCCUGGAGGCCCCCAUCACCGUCCAAUGGGAACCCCGUUCCUCCAACUCGGCCAGGAUCAAACUCUGGACGGGGAUUAUGGGGGCCCUGAUUGGGGUGAUCUUCUUUGCCAUGGGGCUCUCCCUCUACCUGAAGAGCAAGAAAGGUGAG